UCAGUCUUCAGAACCUUCUUCCUUUGCCAGUAGGGUCAGAGUAUUUAACCUGGGAUUCUUAUCUCUAAAUUAUUAAAAUGGCCAGGUUUUCCUCUUUUUCCCUAUUUUUCCUAAUAGCUGGCUCUUAUAUGACUCCAAAAUGUUUCAACAUGGAAAUUCUUGGAGGCCAAGAAGUGUCACCUCACUCUGAGCCAUUUAUGGCCUCCAUCCAGAGUGCUGGAAGUCACGUGUGCGGAGGAGUUCUGAUCCAUCGGCUGUGGGUGCUGACAGCAGCCCACUGCCAGCUUCACUUUGCCAAAGGCCAGUCUCCCAAGGUGGUUUUAGGAGCACACUCUCUCUCAACAAAAGAGGCCUCGAAACAAACAUUUGAGAUUCAAAAGCUCAUACCAUUCCCAAGAUUUAGAUCGGAUCCUACAUCGAAUGAUCUCAUGCUGAUUAAGCUUCACACGGCUGCAAAACUCAACAAGAAUGUCCAGCUGCUCCAUCUAAUAUUCAAACACGGUAUUAGAGCUGGAACCAAAUGCCAAGUUAUUGGCUGGGGAGCCACUGACCCGGAUUUGUUAAUCCCCUCAGAUACCCUGCAAAAAGUCACUGUUACUGUGAUAAGUCGAAAAGUUUGCAACAGCCAAAGUUACUACAAUCACAACCCUGUUAUAACUGAAGACAUGGUAUGUGCAGGAGACACCAAAGGCCAGAAGGAUUCCUGCCAGGGUGACUCAGGUGGGCCCUUGAUCUGUAAAGGUGCCUUCCGUGCCAUAGUCUCUGGAGGUUUCAAAUGUGGUGAAGCUAAGAAACCUGGAGUCUACACCCUAUUAACCAAGAAAUACGAAGCUUGGAUCAAAACCAACCUUGCACAUUAAAAUUACACAUGAUUUUCUUGGAUCUACUACUUGCUUGCUUUUUUCAUAAUAUGCUCUACAGGCCAACUUGAUCUUCAGAUAUGGGUUGCUAUAGUUAAAACAGGGCACAGAUGGCAUCUAGUUCUGCCCCCUUAUGACUGAUUUUGUUAACGAAUCAAAUUCUUUAUCCUGUAUAUCACUAAUGUAUGUCUACUAUGCUGAUUUCAUUCUGAAUAAAAUUUAGAAGACUGUUUUGUCUUUGAUGGAAAUAAGGUAAAGCAAGUGAUACCCCCUACUCCACCUGCCCUCCCCAAAGGGCAAAGAGGUGAUUAAAUAAGACAGUAAUGAUACCAUCUUCAGCCAGGGGUAUGUUGUGAUUUCUGCUGGAUCAUCAUAAGUUGUCUUUUUUGAAAAGAAACAGUAAAUGCUAACUCCCCAACUCAAAUUAGAAUAGAAUCAUCAAGGUUUAUAGAAAUAUUUAAGAUUGCAUUUAUUAUUUAUUUAUGCCACACUUGGUUACAGAAAGAACUAAAACAGUGUACACAAAUACCUGCAAUAAAACAAAAUUUAAAAAGUAAGUUGGGGAAGAAAUUGAGGCAAAGGAGAAAUGAGAGUAGGAAAAAGAUGAAGGCCAGAGUGUUGUUAAUGCCCAAAGUCCGUUAAGUUUCUUCCUAUAUGUUUGCUAGGAGGAGUGACAUUUUGCUCUGCGCUUUCCAUUAACCAAUGCAAAAAGAUCAACGCAAUCCAUUAUGUGAAUUACAGUGUUCAGGAAAUAAAAAUAAAAUAUUUUCUUCGCCGAGAAGUAGGACCACUUGUGCUGGAACUGGAACUAGAGAGAAAUUCUCCCACUGUUCUCUUAAGAAGGACACUGUGACAUGGUUCCCAUACCCCUACCCUCAGGAUCAGCUGAGAAGAUUGUUUUUAAUACAGAAUUCCCUGGCCCCUUUCCCAAAAAUUCAGGUUGAAUAGGUUUGAGGUGGGCCGGGAAAUCUGUAUUGUUUAAAAGCAAGUCAGUUGAUUCUGAUAAAUGGGCAAAUCUGAAAUCCACUGAUAAUGAACUGCCUUAAUAACAUCUUACAAUAAAGACAGCAAUGGGGAGUACACAACGUGGGAUUGUUUUGUGUAAAUUCUUCAGGGUACACUGAUGGCUUAAGACCAAAGUGCAAUUCCGUAAGUGCACUUCAGGGUCUCAGCUGUCUUAGACUGGGGUAGACCAAUGACUAGAGCGGUGACAAUUUCUAGUUUGGGAUGGUGGUAGGGAAUGGGAAGAGUCCUUUAGUCUUCUCCUCCUUCAACAGUCAGAAGCCAAAGGUUAACCUCAGCUUCUAUAUUUAAUUUGAGUGUGAGAGGGUAAAUAGGGUUCCUUUCCAGGUGGCACAUCAAGUUUUCUUAUAUCCAUAUAGAAAUGGACGUUUUUGGUUGGCUGGCUGCUUAGUUGGUUGGUUGGUUGGCUGGUUGGCUGGUUGGCUGGCUGGCUGAUUGGUUGUUGGUUAAUUUUUGGCAUGGUUCUUAGAAACCAAUAACAAGCACAACACUGAACUAUGAAUACUUAGACAAAUGGAAGCACUGGUAAAAAGUAACCUAAUAAAAAUCAUAUAAAUGCUUUGAGAGGGUAAGUAAAAAUACUUUUCUAUAAGUAUGUCACCUUGUGUCAUUUUGAUUCAUUAAAAAUGUAUUGAUUAUCACCCCAAAAUCCCAAAGUAUAUUUCAUAAGAAAAGAAAGGGGAAAUUUUGCAGAGACUCUGGACUCACUAUUAAAAAAAUAAUUCUAAAUCUAUUUCCUCUAAAUUUCAAAUCUGUGGAAAAUAUCCUGUAAGUCUUUUUAACAACAAGGACUGUUGAGAUCACCCCUGAUUACAGUUGGUGAGUAUCCUGAAAAGCUGUCACUAAAACCUAAGAGUUGCUUUUUUAUUUCAAACACCAUGGUGUUAACAUCCAAUAGUCAAACUAGAUUAAAUUGCCAGACAGGAAGCUUUGUUCAACAGCUGUGGCAGAACUGGAGACUCUGAAAUUGGAAGAUAAACAGUUUAUUUUGACAAGCAGCUGAUGAUGGAGCCACAAUUGAAAUGUAUCCCUUAUCUUUUCAGGGAAAUAGUAUUUGGUUAAACAUACGGACAUCUCCCCAGCAGAGCCUAAAAGAGGAUAGUAUUUUAAUUUGGGGAGUUCUGUGUUUGAGAGCUUAUUUGAUUCUAUCUGUGGCUUCAAAUGGAACUUGAGAGUCAAACUGAGGCAAAUAGCCAGAUUUAAAAAUUGCUUAAAGGUUUUAGGGGAAAAUGGUUUGCUGAGUUCCUAGGUUGUGCAAAUAAUUAAUGCACUUGUCUGCUAACCAAAAGGCUGCAGGUUCAAGUCCACCCAGAUAUGCCUCAGAAGAAGGGCCUGGUGAUCCAUGUCGAAAAAUCAACCACUGAAAACUCUAUGGAGCACAGUCCUGCUCUGCACACAUGAGGUCACCCUGAGUCAGAGUUGUUUCAGCUGCAAUCUGUCGUGGUCGUAGUGUCUUUCUGAGUCAUCCAUUUUCUCCCUUCUUUGUGACUGUGAAUACAGCACAUUUGCUUUCUCCACAGACAUACAAGAUGACUUCAAGCUUUUAUGCCCACCCUGUUUUA